AUGUACGUCAACUUUCGUUUUCAAUUUUAUUUCAUAAUUUAUCUCUUCUUUCUGUUGACACUCUCUGUUCAUUCAAUAAGAUUUAUUAAUAUCUGGAAUACAUGUGUUGAUGUAUCCGUCGAAGAAAAUAUCUUUCCACUAUCAAUAAUUCAAUCGCCGAAAUAUUUUCAAGUAUGUGUGGGCCAAACUGAAGGUUGGAAUCGUUUUGGUUCAUCAUUAUUUCGAAUGCAUAUUUUACGAACAUCUGAACCAUACAUUGAUAAAUACGUUGAGUUAAAACAUAAUGGUUAUGUUCAUCUUCAUAAUGAAACAAGAUUAACAGUAGCAAGAUGGAACGGAGCACAACAUGAAGAUUUAUAA